CAAUAUUUUUACCGCUAGAGUACGGUGGGUGUAAAGGAAAGGAUAUAUUUUUAAUUAGAAGUAGUGUUGAUUAGGAUUGGAUGGUUUAGACUUAAUUGGGAUUUGUUUACGUUUCUGUAUCGACAUACUGCAGCAAUGUUCCUCAUUCUUGAUGAAGAACACAAACACCACCUGAACUUCUUCACAACUGUAGAGCCACAGGUGGCAAAAGAAUUCUGCAGGAUAUCACUAGAGUUUCUUCAAAAUGGGUCUAAUGCAAAGGUAUACCAGAAUGUAGCACAGAAGCUGGGAUCAAACUUAGAAACAGUGAAACAUGCAGUGGAGGGCCUUAUGCGUGUACUUUCAGAGGCCUGUAAGCUUAACCUCAGUGAAAUGGAGCUGCAAGACUCUCUGUCAAUUCUAGAUUUACAAGAGGAGAUAAAACAGGAGAUUGUGCGGUGGUAUGUAGACCAUACUGUAGAGUUGCGCUCAGCUCUCAGUAGCCUGAACAUGAAUCUUCUGCAGUACAGUAGCCUUGAAUGGAGAUUUGAUGUUCAAAUUGCAAGUCGCUGUCUGCGUCAGCAGGUGACUCCACUGAUCAUCCUUAAGUUAGACCUCUGCAAGGAUGGAAAGAAGCAACCAGUGGUCCUUCAGACUGAUCCAUGUAACUUAGUUCACCUCACAGAAACCUUAGAAGAAGCUUUAACAGAAGUAAAGUCACAGCACACCCGAAGGAUGAUGAGGAACAUCAAAUGAUGUGUUGGACAAUUCAGUGAUUCUACCAAAAAAAUGUAAAAGUUGAAACUGUAUUACUUUGUAAUAAAAAUGCUUGUUCAUGUU